AUGGAGGAUCGAAAAGACAAUCCACCGGAAGAAGAUGCCAAACUCGACACAAAUGAAAUGUGUAGUGGGAAAUCUUCGAUUCCCCAGAUAGAAAAAGAUGAUAACACCAGUUCUGGGCUUCAGUCUACGCAAUCAGAACUGUACACAGAAAAUGUUUCUUGCGAUUUUGUGGAGCUCAGCAGUGAUGAUGAAGUUCAAAUCAUCGAUGUGAAAAGAAAAUCAUGCGAGAAAAAUCUGCAAGCAGAUGAUCAAUGUUCUUCUGGAAGGACUAGUCCGAAAGAUGCAACAUGUUCGGUUUGUCUCAGUGAAUAUGAUAACAAAUCAUUCCUUGAUAAGUGCUUUCGUAUCCUUUUGACGAGUGAAAUAUGAGUUUAGAUGCGUGAAUGAGCUUGAGGUAAAGAUUCGAUGAAAAUAAAUUGUUUUCUUUGAAAUCCAGCAGCAAAGUGAUUUGUGCAAAUUAGACAUUUACCCUCCUUGUAUGUGUUGGGUAAACUGUGCAAUGAUAUUGCUGUCAUGGAAUUUACGUGGGUUGAGGGGUAGGGUGUUUCAUUUUGUGUAUCCUUUUUUUUAUAUUACUAUAUUUUUUACUCAUUUCUCUCUCAUUUCUCUCAAUCUCUCCCUUUCAUCUCAAAGCCAGGUCAGGCAUGAUUCAGACUUAUGUAGUCCCAUCCCUUCAUGGUAUAAUUCAAAUGCUUGCGACGUCUGCCUUUAACAGAGAACCUAUGCAAGUUGGACACCUAUUCGAAGUUAACCCUUUAACUCCUAAGAGUGACGAGCUUCUAAUUUUGCCUUACAAUAUCACCCCUGAAUCAAACAUUAAGGUCACAAGAAUCCAUGAUCAAGGGAAUGAUCACUUACUAAAAAAGCUUUUGAUUGUUAAAAAAAUUCUCCUUGUCAGCACCUCAGGAAUUGUAUAGAGAACAGUAUGGAGAAUGUGCUAACUGAUCUUUAGGGUGUAAUGGGUUAAUGCUAUAAAACAAUGUUGAACCUUAACCUAUCUUGUAGAUGCUUUUUGUUACUUCUGUAUUUUACAAUGGUCAGAAAUAGUCAGGACCUGUCCCCUGUGCAAAUCAAGCUUUACAUCAAUUAUUCACAGUGUCAAAUCUAUGGACAAUUACCAGCAGGUAAUCAUGAGGAACACUUUGAAAUUUAACCUUAUAACCCAAUGCCUGAACCUCCAAUACUACCUGAGUUUAAGUUCCCCGAUGUAACAAGUUAAAAGCCAAAUUUGCCCCACUUUGGUCUAGAGCUAAAGUGCAUAGCUCAAGGACCAUGAAUGGAAAGGUAUAAAAUCAUGAACACCUGUAACUGCCAUUUUGAACUGCCCUAAAAAAAGCCCUGUAGGCCAAAAAUAGGCUGAAAGUCGGCCAGAAGUUGGCCAACAGUCAGCUGAGUAUUGUCCUACAGGCUUUUUUCUGAUCACUCAGUUGAGAGAAAUCUUGAGAAGGACUGGUGUCAGUGAUGGUGACUUACACUGUGGCAACCUUUGUAAAAGACGUCAAUCCUAUUCGUGAAUAGCCUCGUCUGGUCAAUCAGACUACGUGAUAAGAAGACAAACUGUAUCAGUGCUGAAUUGGUGGGAGAGUAUAACAGGAUAAUUUAGUAUUAUCAACUGAGUUGAUAACGUAAUUUGGCCACCAUAAAGAGUUUCAUUGCUGAAGUUUCAAUCACUAGCCCUUUUUCAGAGCAAAGAUCAAGGGUUAAUGCUCGAAAUGUCAACUUUGAAACAUAUUAUGGUGGCCAAUUUAGGCUAUCAACUCAGUUGAUAGCCAACUCAACUAUCAACUCAAUUGAUAAAUUACCUAAAAUCAGAAGAUGAUAAUUAUACUUUUAUUGUAUAUCAGUUUGGUUUAAAAGAAUGAAUUCAGGUACUCAGACUACAGCCAGCAUCAAACUUAGUCGACACAGUGUUUAAACAGAUUUUUUUUUUUUAUGUGAAGAAUAACACUUUUGUUUGCACUACACUAUAAAUAAUGUACAAAACUAACCCCUUAAAGUUCAUGUAAGUAAGAUACAACAUUGUUUUUUGGGGGGGGUAGUGAAGGGGCUGAUUAGUUUCACUUGAAGGGUUGAAAAGAUCAAUGUAUCAAGAUCAAUGUAUCAAUUUUGUUGUGGAUUGUAGCUGAUGAAAAUCAAAAGCAAAAAGACAAAUUCAAAAAUUUUGAAUGUUUGAUCAUCAGCAUAUUUGAUUCAAAUUAUGAGUAAUGAGAGGGAUGCAUAUAGAAAAAGCCUUGAGGGAGAUGCAGCGAGGCAAUGUUAUCUCAUAAAUGCAAUUUUGCCUUACAAUGAAAAUGUUAUUUCAUUUUAAAAGUAAUGGUAAAGCAACUUGAAAGAGAAUGGAACACUGUAUCUGAGGAAAAGCUAUCAUUACAAGGAUGUGCCUGCACUCCUAAAUUUUAUUUCAAACUGACGCAUCUCUAAAUUUCAUUCUGCAAUUGGUAACUUCAAGAGGCAGUGUUCAUCUUUGAUUUUCCUAACUGUCUUUUCCAGGAAUUUUGAUUACACUUAUGACAUGUACAGAAAAGUAACAACCCCAGAAAGGUGUUCUGUAGGUUUAAGCCAUUUCAAAUAACUCUUUCUUUUGGUAUCAGCAUUUUCUCUCCAAACCUGACUCACAUAUGCCAACCAACCGGCAACAAUUUCAAAGUGAUGGGAGACGUUUCCGCUACAGAACAACAUUAACUGAAGGACACAGACAACAGCAGCAACAGCAGAUGCAGAGUCAACAACACCAGUGGAAUGAGACUGGCAUCAGGGGGCAGCCAGCUAGACGAUGGCAAGCUCAUGUUGCAGCACAAAGAGAUAGAAAGACAGUGGGUCAUGAAAGGAGAAGGUACUCACUUGUAUCUGUUUACAUGUGCAGGCCUGUAGUAGAUGUGAAAUUGAUAUGCACUGAAGACUAAGCUUUGAGUCAAGAUAAUGGCUUUUCCCUCCUCUUCCCCCCUUUCCCCCCCCACCCCUCAGGGGUUAUCAAAUGGUAAUUUCUCUUAGCAGUAUCACUACAUAGUCAGGCCUUGGUGCAUUUGUACAUGCAAAUGCAUGUAGGGAAUGACAAAAGAUGAAAUAAAUACAUGCAUCUAAGUGUAAAGCACUGCACAUGUAAUUUUUUCUUACGGCACGAACGUAACUGCAUGCACUGGAAGCUUGUAUAACCACAAUUUACAUGCACCUUAUGCUCAUGGGGUCCUGCAGAACAUGUGGGCGUUGCUGUAUAUUAGAACUUUCUCAAAUACACACCAGUACAAUGAAUUAAGUGUUAUUCUUUUGUUCAACACAGGACCAUCUACAGAAAUAACUUAUGGGUACAAAGAGUUACUCAGACAGGACGUCCGAGGCAGAGAGAAAUUUGUAAGUUUUGAGAUUAUCACAUAAUAAAAGGCUUGAUGUUAUUCUUAUUUCCAAGUUUUGGAUACAAUAUUCACAAACGAGAGAGUAAGGGAUAGGAUAUUAAACAAGUGCAUUUAUUUAUUACUAUAUAAAGUCAAUACAAUAUCAAGCUCUUGACUUGUAUUUAUUGCCUGAAUAUUUUAGUCAUACAAGGCUGUGCUCUAGGAAAAUUUUCAGGGCGCCCUUUGGGCACCUAACCAUGACAAGUAGGUCGCCCAGCCUUCCAGGUUGGUCGCCCGAAUUGAUUAAUUAAUUAAUUAAUAAUCCAUUGAUAAUAGGUUUCGAAACAAAAGGGUUCUUAUAUUAAAGUUUCAUUUUCGUCAAACUUUGAUCGAAUGAUUACAAUUGCGAGCAAGUCGCCAAAUAUGGUGCUGAUAAACAUCUUGCAUGCCACGGACGAAGCUAAUUAAAUAAACACAAAUUUGCAUAAAGAACGGUUUCGAUUUAUUAAUCACGCGCUCCACUGUUGAAAGAGGGUCUGAAUGGGGGGGUCAAAAUGUCGGUUGUCGGUUAAAAUUUCAUUACUUUGUCGGUUGUCGGUUAAGAUUUUUGACCUUUGUCGGUUGUCGGUAAAUCUCAGUUAAUAAUUAAAAAUACACGUUAAUUAUUCACAUUUAUUAUGCAAUUUGCCCAGUUUUAAGACUUUAAACUCUAGACGAAGUGUAAUACUUGUAAUAAUUCAUUAUUUGUUUUCAUUUAAACCUCGUUAACGCUGUUUUUUAAUUUAGCAACGUGCUCAUCUACCCCACUUUUGUUUGCAAAUCUAGUAUACCGAUAAAAUUCACCAAAGCUUUUAUUAUAGAUGUGAAUUUGUUUCCUGUCGACUACGGGGCUCGAAGUAAAUCAAGAGAGGUAAAUUCUACAAAGAAUGAAACACCCACUCUAGCCCCCGGGAUACCUAAUUUUAAUUUGUAAGCUACGGAAGUCUUUUUUCCGAGACGUCCACAAAAACUCACUACACUUCGUGGCUUUUCUGCGAGCUUUCUUUUUUUUCUCUUUUUUUUUUGCCAAAAAUUUGGUUGUCAUACGUAUCAAUCUGCACCGUUAAAUGGAUUUUUUAACUGUUAGUACCUCUUACAUGUCGAGACGCACAAAUGCACGAACAGCCCUGCCGGAUCGGGUAACACACGCUCUGUUGACAACCUCUGGAUGUUCUUCAAAAUCUGAUUCCUCGUCAUCCGAAUCUGUCUCAUAUUCAUCGAUUUGUACUUCUCUGUGAUCCUCAAACACCUCAGUAACAUCCCCUUCGUCCACAAAUUGUAUGCUGACAACGCGUUGUGCUAUCGGCCAUGGAAUCAGCAUCUAACUUUUUAAGAUCUUCUUCCCUACCUGAGAAGAUUGAGAAUUUUGUGUUUUCAGCCAUGAUUUGGGCUUUAAAAAUAGCUCCACGGUUUCUUUUACCAACGCUACAAGAAGACGGCGCGAACAUUGGUUGUCUUGGUUUAUUUUUAAAAAUACAUUUUAGCCCGGCAAAUUCUUUAUUUUAGCACGCAAAAUGCGCCACAAUGCCCAUCAAAGUGAUAAUAAUACAGUUUUUAGCCGGAAUUUAAAAGAAACUAUCUUUACAUAGCGAACGCACUACGUGAGCGUUUUUCGUUGUAUAAACAAGGCAGUGUUUAUAAACAAGGAAUACCGCAGAAUUUCCAAAGUAGCGAAAUUUAUGACUUUUGAAAAUCAGGUAAACGAACUACAAGUGCUAAUUCAGCCCUACCAUCCUGAAAAUUUUGAAGGUCUCCUUGUUGCCUUUCGUUUCUCUCGAUGUCACCUCCUUCAGUCAUGAUCCUCUUUGCCAGAUUUUCAUCUUCUUUUGCUUCUUCUCGUGAUUUCCGUUUCCUUCUCACUUUUGACGCGUCACCUUUCUUCUCAGUGUCGUUCAUUGACUUCUGCUUGCUUUUAUCAGAUGUAGCCGGCGCCUUCAGCAACACUACUGGCUUUCCGGUCCAGUUUGUGACCUCUUGGAUAAUGUGUACUAAAAUAUUAAAUACCGUGUGUUUUAAGUUUUCUCUUUAGUAGGCUUUUGAGAAACUUACACAGUUCUUAUCAGCAAAUGCUCGUCAAGAUGUAUAAAACGUGCACAUCGAGCGAAAUCUCUCGUGCGUAGCUUCCCUCGAGGAGAGAAUUGAAUAUUAUUUGAACGUCUGGUUUUCAGAAACGAAUAAAUUUAAGGGCGUGUAUAAAUAAACGGGGUCUUUAAUAUGUUAAGCUACACUGUUGUUCAUUCACCAAUUAAUCAGAAAGAAGCUUAUAAACUGAUUUACUCGCUACUUCUUUGUAGAGAUUUUUCUUCUCAAUUUUCGCAUUCAAAUGGACGGUGAAAAAGAAAAAAAAAACCAUUCCGCUCCACAAAACAACAAACAAAAAACGGUGGAACCAGAGUUUAACUACGUUAAUAUUUGAGCUUAAUAUUUAACUACAGAACUAUAGUGAUUCAUCAAACUCCGCUGCACGCGUUCUACACUUACCGUUGAGCUCAGUGCUACUUAAUUUAACAGCUUUAUUGGGUACGUCUACAUGGAUAGACAUACGCCGAAAGGGUCAGUGCGAACGGGACAUGGAGUCCCAUGCGGGGCACUACCCUUAACACUAAAAUCCACCCAACCCAACCCAGGGGAGGACAUCCAUCACACAGUAAUCUUGUGCGUGGGAAAUUAACGUCUCCUACCCCAAAACCCUGCAGGAGACGGGACCUCCGGCUUAACGUCUUAUCCGAGAAGACGAAGCAAGGUGAGUGAAGCGACUUGCUUAAGGCCACAACGUAGUGCCCAAUCCAGGACUCGAACCCGGGCCGUCCGACCCAGAGUCCAGCGCUCUGACCACUGGGCCACUCACGCCUUCAUCCGAUAUUAAAUUUGGAAGUUCAAGCUGCCAUUGCCCAUCCGUCACAAUUGCAAAAUUUUCGCAUUUGCCCGCAGGCGAUUUCGCCAGGCGAAAUAACUUUAACGAAAAUCCGCCAAUUCCAUUUUGAUGUGCCUGCUCCUUUAGUCCUAAAAACUCCGUAAGAUGUUUUUUUAGUUCAGAUACUCCUCUAUGAGCUUCUUUGUCUACUGGGACCCUGCUUCGAUGACGUUCGAUGGCGACUUCUUCACCUUUUCGAAAAAAACUCACGAUGACUUUAGCAAUCCCAGUCAUGACCCGACCGCAUGAACAAACAACGAGCAAUAAAAAGACAACAGCAGGGCGUCUUGUCAGCCCGAUUACGAGCCGCUUUUCUAGAAAUGAGCCCACGCUGCUCACCGAAAAGAAGAAUCCCGUGGAUUUAAAGUAAUUUGAAGACAAGAAAUUCUAUAAUUCGGCUAAAUUUGGAAUUAAUGUGGUUACGUCGAGUGAAGAAGGAUUUUCUGAGCUAGAAAUCAUCAAAAUGCUGUUCUUUCUGAAUACAAACAUCCCUAUCACGUCUGACCAUGUCGGUUGUCGGUUAGAAUUUAUUUGUCGCUAGUCGGUAAUUUUUCCCCGUUUCGUCGGUAGUCAGUAAUUUUUUACGCCCUUUGUCGCUAGUCGGUUAACCCCAUUCACACCCUCUUGAAACUGUUGAAACACAAAAAUUAAAUAUAAGCAUCAACCACUUCAAUAGAAAAAUUAGAUCUUCAACACAUGCUUGUGCAAAAAUCGUGCAGUUUCUCACGGGCAAGGAAAAAAUAAUUUUUAGUGCUAAAUCAUGUGAAACAAUAUUACAUAACACACGCGACAACUUUGAGCGUGAACAAUUCUUGUUGUUGUCCUGCCGAAUAUUUUUUAGUUCUGCAAAUGUCAUCAAAUUAGCAAGUAAAAUUAUAAAAUGUUAGUUACAAUCAGUUGUUCGCUUUAUCGCGUCGUUCAAUGGACAAGAAACCUGGGCCAUGUACUAUAUUAAUAAACCGGAAGAGAAACCACCGAAGCGAAACAAGACCCAAGACACAAGACCUAACUUAAUAUUUAACCUAAAUGUACAGAUCACACAGGCUAUUGAUUGCACUGCGCUUUCAGCGCUUUUGCUUUUCGGGCUAACGGGAGCCGGGGAGUACGAUGGAGUUUCUUUUCGUUCCGUUCCGUUUCUAUACGUUUGCUGGUUUCGUUUCGGGUUUUCACACAAGCCGAAAUCUAUGCGCCCGGACGGGCGACCGCUUUUCUUUUUCAGUCGCCCGAGACCAAAUGUUAGUCGCCUGAGGCGACCGGGCGCCGCUAGAGCAUAGCCUUAUCAUAUAUACUAAAACAGGGGGAAAGUGUUGAAGACACACUCUGAUUGACUACUUAAACUCCAAAUAUCCCUCACUAUUGACCUCCGAACGACACAUGCAAAAUUUGCGCCUGAAAAUGCUGUAAUCGCUGCAGUAAUAAAUUGGUUAAAUUCAUAUUGAUGUGCUCAGUAUAUUAUGUCAUUGUUCUAGUCUAUACUAAAACAAUUAUACACCUCUGUGUCGGUGGCUGGUGGUGGAUAUUUAGUUUGCCUUUUUUGCUUGGUGAAUAUCCACGUGAAUAGUUGUUAAUAUCAGAUGUCAGUUACAACCUCUGUGGGCAGGGGGUAAGGGUUCAUGGGGGAAGGAAUUCUAGGGGGUAGAGGGUAACAUUGCACUUUGGGGAAAAAAGAAUAUUAUUGGUUCCUUCGUGCUACAAGACUCGAUGUAAGCUUCCGUAGUAACAUGUACGUGGGUGAGACUAAACUUGUUUUUUUUUCUCGUAGCACCAGAAUUUUUCCGUUCCAAUUCUGCUUGCACCCACCGACUGAUUCCAUGGCUUACGAGAGAUUUAAGGGCGUUGUUGAAUGACGUGGAGAGUCAUGCCAGUUUUGUUCUUCAGCUUAUUUUGUCUCUGAUCAACAAGUAAGUCAUGUUUAGAUGUGAAUCACUCCAUGAUUGUGUUGUAAGGAAUGCCGUCUGUAUCAGAAUUACUUCUUGCCAUUUAGAUAAAUUUUCGACUGAACAUCGGAAGAACGUGUAAUCCGAGAUUGUAUUGGUUUUGCUUUACUUCGCUCUGUUACUGGUCCAGAAAACUCGCGCCACUCUCUUAAUUAACCAAUCAAAUGUAAAACUAACUCGGUCGCCUGCGUUUUCCCGCGCUUUAGUCAGUUUGGUUGUUUUUACUUAUACAGUAGGUCUCAUUGGCUCUUAGAAGUAUUUUCCUUUCUUCUGAUUGGACAUUGUCCUUACUUUGGUUCGAAAAGAGUUCUUUAACGCUUACUACGGCGCACAGAGAACUUAUACCCCCUUGGUCAAAACAACUAAACAUCUCAGUUUAAGAAUUAAACCCUUCUUUUUUUUCACUGAAACGAGAAAAGAUAGAAGAUAGCCAAAACUUUUAUGUGGAUAAAGGGGGUAAGUUUCUAAAGAAACUGUGGUGCUGCGUCGGUGGGAGAGUGUAACAGGAGUGUGUGUAACAGAGAGUGUAAGGUAAUUUAGUAUUAUCAUUUGAGUUGAAAAAGUAAAUUGGCCAACGUAAAGAGUGUGGAAGCUAUCGUUUCGAGCGUUAGCCCUUCGUUAGAGCGAACGUAGACAGGCUAACGCUUGAAACGUUAUUAACUCAGUUGAUAAUACUAAAUUACCGUUUCAUGUAGAUAGGCUGAGUUUAUAAAUCUAUACUAUUACAUUUUCAGGGUUGAGCUUAGUUCUGAAGAGUUUUCUCGCCAGCUGCAGCCUUUCCUAUUUGACAAAACAGACCAUUUUAUCCACGAGUUUAUAGGCUUUGCUCGUUCGCCAUUUGAUAUGACUGCUUAUGAUGAGCGUGCGCAGUACAGCUGGCCAAGUGAGUCAGAGCAGGAACCCAGAGAUACGCCGACUGUGUUUCACAGUCAAACUUCAGGUCUGAACCGUUUAUAACCAUUUUAUUUAACAAAUAGAGAAGCCUUGACUGUGCUCUGUUCUGUUAUAAAGCACGCAGGAAGCGGCUAGAGCACGAAAGAAGUGUUGGGAGAAACACGAGACGUAGUCGAGUGUUUCUUCCCACUUCUUGAGUGCUCUAGCCGCUUCCUAAGUGCUUUAUAACAGAACAGAGCACAGUCAAGGCUUCUCUAUUUGUUUUAUAAUAAAGAUUCCGUUAAAUUCCCCAUGUAUUACUUUCAAUUUUCAAAACAAACUUUAUUUCCAAAGCGAACAACAGUGUCGUCAGCAUGCUCUAUACUCUCAUAGAGCACGCUACAAUAAGCCAAUCAGAAUCCUUGUUAGAAUGGUUCAAAUAUUCUGAUUGGCUGUACAAGACAAAAGCUGUCAAAAGUGUCAAACUAUCAAAGUUCAAAAACCAUCAAAGUUCACACUCUGCGAUAGUUUACAAACUAAAAUAAUUCGGCAGGUCGAAUCUAACGCUUUUGCCUGAGGUUUUUAAUUCAGAAUCUUGAAGUGAAAUGUUCAGUGAACUUCAGCCGAAUUAUGGCUCAUAAAAACACGCGGGUUUUUUCACAUGACAAGGUAGAAAACAAACUGUUCAAGGCGAGUGUUUUUUAAAUGAACGACAGCCGAAUUCACCGGAACAUGAAGAUCGCUCAGGAUGACAGCGCCGCAAAACUCGGCUGCAGUGACUGAAGUGACUUUCCACUCAACACAUUGGAAAGGAUAUCAGAGCGAGCUCUUAUUUUUUCACUCGAAGGGCAGCUGAUGAAGUUUCUGAGGCUUGCUUUACUGUGAUGACCGGAGAUCGCCAUGAUAAGUGAGCCGCGACGGACUUCAGCAUGAUCAUAUUUGCUCAGACACCGUCAUGAUUAGUAUGAAUUUUAACAAUUAUGCAAGUUUGGUUAUUUUUUCAUCAUUUCUGGUUUUUUCUGUUUUGUUUUUGAACUCUGAACUUUAUAUACUAUACGAGUGUUGGCUGUGUUUGAUUUUCAUUACCGAACGUAAGCUUGCAAUCUAACUGAGCGUGAAAAUCUUUAAAACUCGGAAUGUCUAUUUUGUUUUUCCUUUGAGGAUUUUCGUAUCUGCCCACAUUUUAAUAACGUAAAUAACGGCGCCUGGUAUGUUUACAAACCUUUCUUUGGUUCUUCUGUUACUACUUGCCGGCUCGCUUGUUCCGAAAUUUCACUUUCAAUUAUCGGAAAAAAGCUAAAAAGAAGUCCCGGAAAAGGUCGAACAUAGUACAAUUUGGCAGAUGGCGUGACAGCUUUAGCUCAGUUCUAUGCUCUAUACUCUCAUAGAGCACGCUCUUUCAACCAAUGACAGCGCGCGUUAUAUCCGAACUUUAUUAUAAAUCGGAAUUAAAGGAAUUAAAGUCGUUGUAUAUGCAACGCUAUUAGACCUAACCUUCCCUUGUUCGCUUUGUGGAUUGUGUUGGCCGAUGAGUUUACGUUGGCGUGGUGUAUAAUAUUAAAACAACGGAUUUUUCGUAGGAUAAUCCAAGGUAAACCUCUCCGAAGCGUCGCAUGACUAGUGUUUUCAUAAAAAGCCAUGUUACAGUGGUGUACUUAGUCGCCAAGCCUUUGAUUUGAAGCGAGGCUGAAGGUGACUAUGCUGUGAUAGAGACUAGCAUCUAAUUAGCAUGAUAAUAAAGACCAACAAAGUAAUUUACAUUUGAAAAGCAGUAACGUUUGUAUCAAACCAAGGUCAAUCAGUCUUUGCUUCACUCCUGUUCAAAGGCUUGGCAACCAAGCAGGCAACUGUAAAAUGGAUUAUACACGCUUAAAUGGGAAAAGAGGAGAGUAGUAUAAGGAAAAUAGUUGGGCAACGUUUACAUGUGAAUUUCCGUGGUGUAACACUCCAAAGCGUCUUAUUAAGGUAGAAUUCUCAAAAAUACUCAAUGGUGGCAUGUAAUAAUAUUAUUAGAAAUUGUUAGUGCCUACAACGCGAAAUUUUUCUUAACAGUUCGGGCGGGUAAUGACAGCUUCAAAUCCUCAACUUGGUUGGGGAAAAAUUUUUAAAAAAAUCAAGAAGGGAAAAGGAAGAACUUGAAUCGGUUAAAAAUAAUUAAUUUUUGAGGUAUUCAACACAAUAUUAAUGUCUAGUGGUCCCCUUUCUACAUCAGGCUGGCAUACACCUGUUCCAGGCCCCUCUGGCGAAACUCUGUGGCAAACAGACUGGAACAGAGAUUCUCCAGCGCGGCAAACUGUAAACAACAGGUGGUCUCCAAGCUCAUCACCAGGUACAUCCGGACUAAAUGGUCGAGCUGGUUUGGAAAGGACUGUGAACAUCUCUUCAUCGAACUCAUCAGUUAGUCCGCAAACAACUCUAGUAGACAUUGAACCCAUGACAAAUUAUCAAGCGUCCAAUGCGUCAUCCGACUCUAUAGGGCGUAGUAACAGAAAGAGAUCUUCCAAGGAAACUAUUGUAGAGAAGACACAAGUGGAAAAGGAGAAGAAGCAUCAUUAUCAUCGUAACUCACACAAACACAAACGUAAAAGGAAAAAGUCUAAAAGAUCUAGCGAGAAACGUGACAGAGGCAAACUUUGUAGAGAUACUAAUCAUGUUGAUAAUGGUUUUGGCCGGUCUUGUUCUACAGAUCCUUCUACUGUUUCUUCAGAAUUUUUUUCACCUCCACAGGAGUUUAUUGUAAUCAGUAGUGAUACCUCUACCUCUCCGGCAUCUUCCACUGUUCGGCCAGGAUCUGCGUGCAACGAUCCAACGCAGUUUCAACGAAGGAAGGAAGGGUUUGAAUCGCGGUCAAAAUCUGGAUUACGACCGCUGUCUAAAGGAAAGGGAAUUAUUCAAGAAGACAAACGUUUGCGAAGUCACUCUGGUAAUGCUAAAACGCGCUCAAGGGAUCAUUCACUUUCGGUUGAAGAGCGUGCGAUUGAAGAAUAUCGUCGAUGGCGAUCAAAUUCUAGCGAAAGACGGUUGAGAGAUGAUAGUCAACGUUUAUCUCCGUCAAGAAAAUCUGGUAAGCACUGUCAAGAAAAGAUAAGAAAUUCCUCUUUAAGUCCAUCCCAUACUCACAGCAAACGUAAAACGCGCGGCGAGAAAAUUGACUGUAGACGAACGAAGGAGUAUGGUCGAUCUCGUUCAGGAUCGGGGUGUUCCUCUCGAAACUCCAGAUCACGACACUCACGAUCACAUAUAUCACGGAUAAGGGAAUCACGGAUAAGGGAAUCACGAUCACAUAAAUCAUGGACAAGGGACACACGAUCACGAGAAUCACGAUCGAGAUCGGCAGGUGCGCGGUCAUACAAAUCCCAAUCACGCGAGUCAAGAUCGCGAAAUUCACACUCCCAUUCACGUGACUCAGGAAACUCACGGUCUAAUUCACCAUCAAGAUACUUCUCACGAGCUUGCACGUCUCUGUCAUCGCGAACGCACCAUAGCGUUUCCCGUUCGCGCAGUCCUUCUUUAUCAACGGUGAUCUCUGAACCCAAAGUAAGGGAGUCAGCUCCGCACAGUAACGAUGCUAUCAAGAGGGAAAUUGAAGAUUUGGAAAGUCGCAUAGUGGCUGACAAGAAGCGACUUCUAAGGCUUUUAACGAAAAAUGAACAGGCGGAAACCGCUUAAUUAUGACAACAAACUUAAGAUUAGUUACAAAAUGUAGCGAACUGUUUGUCUAUCAAGUUAUCUUUAAAUUUGUUAGUGCCUACCGAGACGAAAUUCAUGUAAUUUUGGAAUAGUAAAAAAGGUCUCAUUUUUUUAUAUGUAUGUCAAUCAGGCAUUGUGGAGAAUUGAACAAUUUAAUUUUUGUGUAAAACCGAUUUGGUAUCAGGGACCUUUGGCGAGAAUUGAAGCUUUUUCCAUCUUCCCCGAUGACACAUGAAAUGACGUUCAGAUCAGAAUAGCUUAUCCCGAAUUUACUAGUAAUGUGUCUUAUUCACUUCCUAGAGUGACCAAGAAGGUAUUUCUUUUUUCAAAAUCAGUACAUUUUCCAUUAGAAAGGCGAUAAGGAGAACGAAAAAUUCCUGAGAGUUAUUCUUUCAUGUAAAAGCAAGUAGUCA